CAUUACUUUAGCAAUCAUUUAUUUUUAUUGUCAUUUAGACUUUCAGUAAUAAAGAUUUUAAUUUGGUAGUCAUUGAAAUUGUUGCAAUUUGCAAAUUGUUAAAUUAUGUGGCCAAACACUUUUUUUCUCUUAAAAGUCAUAUUUAUUUUAAAUGUUAAUGCUAUCCUUGUGCUGGAUCCACUGGUUAGCAAUAACGCAUUAGAUGUAAGUCUUUAUGAAAAUGUCCUUGAUUCAGAAGAAUGUGCAAGACAACUAACAUACAUAGUGAAUGAUGACACAAUGCUCUUGAUGCAAUUUUUAGAUUCAGGUGUAAGAACACCACGUGGAAUUCUGGGAGGUAAUCUCAGAGAUAUGGGAAAUUACUUCCAGUGUUUAGGGAUCAAGAAAGAAGUUGAAGAAAUGUCAAUUGAAGGAAAAUAUUGCGUCGUAGAAGUCCCUCUACGUCAAGAUGAAAUCGAAUUGCCUAGUCUACCUAUAUUACCAGAAAUACCGCAGAUACCCUGGCCAAACAUUACAUGGCCUCCUAUGAAUUUCUCCCAAAAUGUUAUAUUAGAUGAUAACCAACUAAACGGACUUAAAUUGUUUACACGAGGAAGAAAUAAUCUAAAUAUAUUACUUGGAGAUAAUCCAGAACAGUCUUUGUUACGAGUGGCAGAAGAUAGUCCAAUAUCUCAUGCUCGCUUGGAAUUGGCGCUCUGUUUACCAAAAGUUUGCUCUCCGAAGAAUGUUGUACAAGCUGUAACUCCAAAUGCAAUUGGAAAUUUAAAGCUUGAAGAGAGUUUCUGUCGUCUUUCAAAUGACAAACCUUGGGUAGCAGCAGAUACUGUUGCCGUGGUCAUAUUUUCUCUUAUUGGCCUUUUAAUUAUAUUGAGCACCGGUUAUGACGUCAGACAUAGUGUUAUACUUGAGAAAGAUCCAAAGCAGGCCAAUACGCUGUAUACUUCCUUUUCCGUAUACACGAAUUCUAGAAAAUUUUUCACAUUCCGCCCAAAUCCCAAUGCUCUUCACUGUUUGGAUGGUGUCAGAUCCAUUGCGAUGUUGUGGGUGAUCCUUGGCCAUUCUUUUAGUACGCAGAUGUCAUUCGUUCCUGCCAAUCCUCUGGAAAUGGUUGAAUUCAUGACCUCGUUUACUUCUCUAUGGUUAACGAGUGCCACUAUCACAGUGGACACUUUCUUCAUGAUCAGUGGUCUUCUAUUAGUUUACACAACAGCAUCUAAACUAUCUCACAUGAGCCUUAUCAAAAACCUUCACCUGUUCUACUUGAAUCGGCUCUUGCGCAUGUUCCCUAUUCUGGCCACAGCUAUACUCAUGCAAGCAUCAUUCCAAAACCGAAUGACCGAUGGCCCUUAUUGGUUUAUAGUAGCAUGGAGUACAAAUAACUGUAGACAGUACUGGUGGUCAACCUUGUUAUACGUGCAGAAUUUAUUAAAUCCUCCAACAAUGUGUCUUGGUCAUGCUUGGUACUUGGCAAUCGACAUGCAGUUGUACAUAUUAUCUCCGAUAGUACUCUUUUGGGUACUUGGCCGCAGUAAGAAAUCAGCUUGGACAGCGUUAACGGCCGCUCUAAUGAUUGUCGUCACAGCGUCAACAAUUUACAACUUUUUGAACGAUUUCCAGUCUUCACCAGUUUCGUUAUCUCGGACGCCUGAAGAUUCGGUCCGGUAUAUGCGUAACUACUAUAUAUUCACUCUACCACGCGCCGCACCAUUUUUCGUUGGAAUGUUAUUUGGAUAUGCGAUCCAUUCGUGUAACGGAAAAGCAACCAGACUCUCCAAGCCAUUAGUAGCUUUGCUGUGGACUUUAGCGGGCGCCACUAGCACAGUCAUAUGCAUUUCCACAUACUACACAAUUCAGCCUGAUUGGGACAAUCAAACCGUAGAUAGCAUCCUGAACUCGAUUAUGAGACCAGCUUGGGCUGCAAGUAUAGCAUGGUUGACGUUCGCUUGUGCUAAAGGAUACGGAGGCCCUAUUAACUGGAUUUUGUCUCUUCACAUAUUCAAGAUCUUGGGAAGGCUCUCGUACGCCAUGUACAUUAUUCACUAUCCCCUUGUUUACAUCAUAAAUGCCACAACAAUUGCACCGAUACAUUUCUCCGUUGAAUAUUCUUUCCAUCGAUUUAUGAUUAACUUCACUGUGACAGUCAUCGUUUCUUAUCUGGUAACAAUUUUUAUAGAUCUACCUUGUACAAGACUCAUUGGGAUGGUUUUAGGAGGAAAAAAGGACAAGAAAAUAAACGAUGAAAAGAAAAAUGACGAAAUAAGAAAAAAUGAUGAUGUUGAACCAGCAAUCGAUAUUACAAAUUUGAAGAAACCACAAAUAGAAAACAAUCAGAAUGGAAUAAGACAUUAAAUUAUAAGCUCACAGAGAGUAGAGAGUUACAUUUAAAAUAAAACUAUACUCCAUUAUACAUAAUUAUGUCCCGUAUAUUGUCGCGGGC